AACUAUGCCCAGCGUGUAUAGGUUAGCAAUUUAGCAUUCUUAACCUAUAACAAUCGUAUAAAGUACUUUUUAUAAAAACAGUAUUUCCAAUAUUUUUCGAUAUGGCUUUGACGAAACCAAAAUCCGAAAUGACGUCCGAAGAACUGCAGGCUCGUGAGGAGGAGGAAUUCAAUACGGGUCCCCUGUCGGUGCUUACUCAAUCCGUGAAAAACAACACACAGGUCCUAAUAAAUUGCCGGAAUAAUAAAAAGUUAUUAGGACGUGUAAAAGCGUUCGAUAGACAUUGCAACAUGGUUUUAGAAAACGUGAAAGAAAUGUGGACUGAAUUGCCUCGACCUGGUAAAGGAAAGAAAAAAGCAAAGCCAGUGAAUAAGGAUAGGUUUAUUUCGAAGAUGUUUCUACGAGGGGAUGCAGUUAUAAUGGUUGUACGUAACCCAUUGGCCACCUCUAAUUAAGUCAAAUAAUUUUGUUUAUACCCUAACCAUGUAACUUAAAAUAAGUCUUGUUUUUUACUUUGGUGUAGUUUGUAACUACUGAUGAAUAAUAUUUGAAGUGGUAAAUGUUUCAAGCCAUAGUGUUAACAAUGCUUACCUGCCAAAUUUGAAUAAACAAAUUCAGAAAAAUAA